CCAGCCUCACAGACAUUUUGACGGACACAGUCAGGAACAGACAGACAGGAUGCGUAUGGACCUGGUGUGGCUGGCUGUGGUGUCUCUCUCCUUACCCCUGGUCUCAGAAUGCGCUCCGCUCUACAUCAUGUCGGCUCCAAACGUACUUCGUGUAGGAACGACAGAGAGGGUGUUUGUGGAGGCACAGGACUACAGUGGCAAAAAUUUUGAUGUCCAAAUCAGAGUGUUGUCUUUUCCCAGAGAAGACAGAGAGCUUUUCAGAACGACUGUCACCUUGUCUGCCGCAAACAGCUUCCAGUUCUUAAAGGACAUAGAGAUUCGACAGAUACCAGAUGUAUUUAAAGACGACUCUGAAAUGCAGCAGUUUGUCGUCCUGAAAGCCCAGUUCCCAGAAAAGACACUGGAGAAGAUUGUCUUAGUGUCCUUUCAAAUUGGGUACCUUUUUGUCCAAACUGAUAAGACCCUCUACACUCCAGAUUCUACAGUUAAAUACAGAGUGUUUGCCCUUAAUGCUGGAUUACAGCCUGUUGAUAACACGGUCUACGUGGAGAUUGAGACACCGGAGGGAAUAAUGGUUAAGAAGGACCUGUUUCGACCAAAUAAUGGGAUAACGAUUGGAGAACACAAGCUGGGCAAUCCUGUCAGUUUUGGGAUCUGGAAGAUAUUCACAAGGUUUCAGAGUGCUCCUCAGAAGAAUUUCUCAACUGAGUUUGAAGUCAAAGAAUAUGUGCUGCCCAGUUUUGAAGUUAAACUGAAGCCAGAGAAAAACUUCUUCUCCAUCAAAGAUAAAGAAUUUAAAGUUGACAUUGAGGCCAGGUAUUUGUUUGACAAGGAGGUCUCAGGAAUGGCUUAUGUGGUGUUUGGUGUGCUGAAGGAAGGCGUUAAGAGCGCCCUACCAAGCUCUUUAAGGAGAGUAGAGAUAUCUAAAGGAGAGGGAGUAGCAACACUGAAGAGAGAAGACAUCACAGAGGUCUUCCCAAAAAUUGAUGAGCUAGACAAGCACUCUCUGUAUGUGUCUGUCAGUGUGCUGACUGAUUUGGGCAGUGAAAUGGUGGAGGCCCAGAGAGGGGGAAUUCAUAUAGUCUCGUCUCCAUACACCAUUCAUUUCAGGAAAACACCACAAUACUUCAAACCUGGCAUGCCCUUUGAUGUGAUGGUUUAUGUCACGAACCCUGAUGAAACCCCAGCAAAACGUGUUGAAGUGGAGGUUAACCCCGGUCCAGUGAGGGGACGUACUGGUGAAAAUGGAAUGGCCCAGUUUAAGGUCAACAACCAGAAAGGAUCCAAAACACUGACAAUCACUGCUAAAACUGACGACCCAAACCUAGAUGAUGAUAAACAGGCUAAAGGGCAGAUGACGGCUCAUGCUUACUCUCCCCCUGCUGAUUCUGGAAACUACCUGCACAUUAGCAUAAACAGUGCAGGACUCGUCAAACAACAAUCAUUCACAGCUAAUCUUAAUUGGGGUGAAAACCCCAAAGUACAGAACCUACAUAUCACUUACAUGGUCCUCAGUAAAGGGCAGAUUCUAGAUGUUGGCAGAGUCCCAAUUACAACCCAGUCUAUGUGGGCUCUGUCAUUAAAUGUGACUCAGGAAAUGAUCCCUUCCUUUCGUCUGGUGGCAUAUUAUCACAUGGGUACUUCAGAGGUUGUGUCUGACUCAGUCUGGGUUGAUGUGCAGGACACCUGCAUGGGAACGCUUGAAGUGAAAGUUACUCGUCCAAAGGCAACAUAUGCUCCAGGAAAAAGUUUUGAACUAGUCAUGACUGGAGACCCUGGAGCCAGGGUUGGGCUGGUGGCUGUGGAUAAAGGAGUCUAUGUGCUCAACAACAAGAACAGACUCACCCAAACCAAGAUCUGGGACAUCAUUGAGAAAAAUGAUAUUGGUUGCACAGCUGGUAGUGGUAAAGACAGUAUGGGAGUUUUCUAUGAUGCAGGACUGCUGUUUGAUUCCAAUACUGCAGGAAGCACUGUCCCCAGAAGAGAACAUGGUUGCCCUUCUCCUGCCAGCAGAAGACGCCGUGACAUUACAAUCAUGGAAUAUAAGAAAACACUGUUUGAGAAAUAUAAAGGGUUGCAGAGGGAAUGUUGUAUGGAUGGAAUGGUGGAGAAUAUUUUGGGGUACGCGUGCGAACGCCGGGCGGAGUAUAUUGAGGACGGCCAGGAGUGUGUGGAAGCUUUCCUGCACUGCUGCACUCAGUUGGCCAAUAAGAAGAAGGAUGCUGUGGUGGGCGAGCUUUUCCUCGCACGCAGUGAGAUAGAAGAUGUGGAUUUAGAACUUCUUGAGUAUAUUGUGACGCGUUCUGUUUUCCCUGAGAGCUGGCUUUGGGAUUUUUCAGUUGUUCCAGAGUGUCCCAGUGGCAAAUUGUGUAACACAGAAUCUGUGAAGAGACAUGAAGUCCUGCCAGACUCUAUAACCACUUGGGUCAUCACUGCCAUUGGCCUGUCCAAAACUCAUGGUAUCUGUGUGGCAGACCCCUAUGAGAUGAUUGUUAGUAAGAAUUUCUUCAUUGAUCUGAAGUUGCCUUUUUCAGCUGUGCGGAGUGAGCAACUGGAAAUCAAAGUCAUUGUUUACAACUACAUGGAGGAUGAUAUGGACCAGGUUUUCGUAGAGAUUUUUGAAAACCCGGAGAUUUGCAGCUCAGCCACUAAGAAAAAGAAAUAUCGUACCAGAGUGAGUGUGAACUCUAUGACAUCACGAGCUGUGCCUUUUGUCAUCAUCCCCAUGGAUGUGGGAGAAUUCAGCAUCGAAGUGAGGGCCUUCACUCCUGAUGGGAUAGGGGACCAUGUGCGUAGGCCUUUGAAAGUGGUGACAGAGGGUGUGUUGACCCGAGCAAGGGACUUAAGCAGGCUUCUGGAACCAGCCAAGCAUGGUGGAAUUCAGAGAACAGAGUUUGAAAGCAUUGAGCUGCCAAACCAAGUGCCAGGCACUCCUGCACACACCUACAUAGCUAUUAAAGGCAAGCCGUUGAUGUAUAUGGUGGAGAAAUCUAUAAGCGGAAAGGGUAUGGGAGAUCUCAUCCGGCAGCCUGGCGGCUGUGCCGAGCAAAAUAUGAUGUCCAUGGUGCUGCCUCUCAUCGCUACACACUAUCUGGAUAACACCAACCAGUGGCAUCAAGUGGGCGUAGACCGCCGGCCAACCGCCCUUUCUUACAUCUCAAUGGGGUACCAAAAACAGCUUACCUACCGCACGGCACAUGGAUCCAGUGUCUCUUUCAGAAGUAACAGUGGGACUGGCAGCACAUGGAUGACGGCAUAUGCUGCAAAAAUGUUCACCAUAGCCAGCCAAUUGGUUCAAAUCCAGGAGAAUGUGAUCUGUGAGUCCUUCAAGUGGCUGAUUUUGAAUGCACAGCUGCCAGACGGUGUCUAUAAGGAGUCUGCACGGGCGUAUGCAAGUUCACUUAAGGGUGAAGAAAUAGAGGUGUCUAUGACAGCCUUUGUUCUGAUAGCAAUGCAGGAAGGCAAAUCACUUUGUGAAAAUACUCUUUCAAGCAUGCCAGAAAGCAUGAAGAGGUCUGCAGAUUAUCUUGAACGUGUGAUACAAUCCGUGAAAACACCUUACGCGGCUGCCAUAGCCUCCUAUGCCUUGGCCAACGAGCACAAACUCAACACAGAUGUGCUGUUCAGACAUGCUUCUCCAGAUGGAAGUCACUGGCCAGUUGCUAAUGAUGAUUCCCUCACACUGGAGGCCACUGGUUAUGCCCUGUUGGCCUUGGUCAGAGCGGAGAAAUUCAAGCAAGCCACACCCGUUGUCUCAUGGCUACGAACAAAGCAGAGCUACAGCGGACGAUUUGGUGCCACACAGGCAACUGUGGUGGUUUUCCAGGCAUUGGUCGAGUACUUCACAAAGGUGUCCGAUACACAAGAAAUGAAUCUGAAUGUUGAAGUAAAAGCAUCCUCCAGAAGCAGUUUGAUAAACUGGAAAUUCACCACGGGAACCGGAGCCUUGCAACGCUCAGAAAAGCUCCAGCCCAGGGACCGCCUAACCGUGAAGGCUUCAGGGACUGGUGAAGCCACCGUUUCAAUUUUGACCUUGUAUUAUGCCAAACCUGACAAGAAAAAAUCUGACUGCAAGAACUUUGACCUCAAAGUGACAUUGGAUAAGGAGCCUGAAGUUUCCUACCAAGGAGCCCAGGAAAGUUAUAAGCUGACCACUGAAACCAAGUUCCUGCCUACAAACAGAACAGCUGCAAUGUCUAUUCUGGAUAUCACCAUCCCAACAGGAUUUGUUGUGGAUCAGACAGAUCUUGACAAGUUGAUAUCAGGUAAAGACAGAUACAUUAAGAAAUAUGAGAUGGACAAACUGCUGUCGGACCGAGGCUCUCUUAUUAUCUACCUGGAUAAGAUUUCCAAUCGAAAUUAUGAAAAGAUUGCAUUCAGGAUGCACAGUAUGAUGAAUGUGGGGAUGCCUCAACCUGCUGGAGUCACUGUGUAUGAGUACUACACUCCAGAGAAUCGCUGUGUGAAGUAUUACAGCACUGAGGAGGAUGGGGAAACCCUGAGACAGAUCUGCUUCGGGGACCUUUGCAGAUGUGCUCAAGGUGACUGCACCAAACCGAAGGUAAACCCAGUGCCCGAUGAGAAACAACGGCGUGAUUCUGCCUGUGAUCGGACUGAUUAUGUUUUCAAGGCUACUUUUGAUGAGAAGGAGUUGUCUCGUUUAGGUGACAGCUACAAUUUCACUAUAGACACCGUACUAAAAGAGGGGACGGACAUUGUGGUGGAGGGACAGACGCGUGUGUACACAGCCCAUCCAUCCUGUAGAGACAGCCUGAAUCUAGCGAAAGGACAAUCUUACCUGAUCAUGGGAAAGUUCUCUGACCUGGAGAAGCUGCACGGAAGGUACCAGUAUGGAUUUGGGGAGGAAACAUGGCUGGAACAUUGGCCCACACAAAGGGAGAGUCAGGAGAAUCCCACACACAGACGGAGAUAUAUUGGCAUGAUGGACCUUGUGAGCUAUCUCCAAAAACCUGGCUGUCUAACGUAAUGUGUUCAUCACACAUAUGUUGGGAUACUGUGGGAAAUGAGCUAAUAACUACUCAAGUUUGUUCUUAAUUUUUUGCCUUAUCUUUCAGCUAUUCUAAUGUACUUACUACAUAAGCAAAGUAAUACAAUGACUGUUUAGAAACCACUGUCUGCAUUAAAAUCAUUACUACUGAUUUGCUCAAAAAAAAAGAAGAGUUAAAGAA